CAGCUGCAGUGUGUGCGUCGUCCGUGUGCGAGAGAGGGGAGCGAGCGAAAGCGGCAGCGCGCACACGAAGACAGAGACGCGGGCGGGUGUCGGUGGGGGGCCGAGGGAGCCGCUUAAACUGCGAUGCCGAAUAAAGCGAAAAAAGACAAGGAGGCUCCGAAGUCCGGGAAGACGGCCAAAGGCGGCAGCAGGGAUGGAGCGGAGACCCCGGAGAAGGAGGGCGUUGGCAGGAAGAGCAGCGGCGGGGCGCCACCCACCACACAGCUGACGAAAGGGAAGCAGCUUGGGCCUCAAACACCAGUCAAGAAGGAGAAGCGGCAGAGCUCCUCGCGCUUCAGCCUCAGCAACAAUCGAGAGUUACAGAAGCUUCCUGCUUUCAAAGAUGUCCCUCCAGCGGAGCAGGAGAAGCUUUUUGUCCAGAAGCUGCGGCAGUGCUGCGUGCUCUUUGACUUCGUGUCCGACCCGCUCAGUGACCUCAAGUGGAAGGAGGUGAAGAGGGCGGCGCUCAGUGAGAUGGUCGAGUACAUCACGCACAACCGGAAUGUCAUCACAGAGCCCAUUUACCCAGAGGUGGUUCACAUGUUUGCUGUGAACAUGUUCAGGACGUUGCCACCAUCCUCCAACCCCACAGGAGCGGAGUUCGACCCUGAGGAAGACGAACCCACGCUUGAGGCUGCGUGGCCUCACCUACAGCUCGUCUACGAGUUUUUCCUUCGGUUUUUAGAGUCUCCCGAUUUUCAGCCAAAUAUAGCUAAGAAGUAUAUUGACCAGAAGUUUGUCAUGCAGCUUUUAGAACUGUUUGACAGUGAAGACCCCCGGGAGAGAGACUUCUUGAAGACCACUCUGCACCGCAUUUAUGGCAAAUUCCUGGGUUUGCGGGCUUACAUCAGGAAACAAAUUAAUAAUAUAUUUUAUAGGUUCAUUUAUGAAACUGAACACCACAAUGGAAUAGCUGAACUACUCGAGAUUCUCGGGAGUAUAAUCAAUGGUUUUGCCUUACCAUUAAAAGAGGAGCACAAGAUUUUCCUUUUGAAGGUUUUGCUACCUUUGCACAAAGUCAAGUCACUUAGUGUCUAUCAUCCACAGCUGGCAUACUGUGUGGUCCAAUUUCUAGAGAAGGACAGCACUCUCACAGAACCGGUGGUUAUGGCUCUCCUCAAGUACUGGCCAAAGACCCACAGUCCAAAGGAGGUGAUGUUCCUCAACGAGCUGGAGGAGAUCUUGGAUGUGAUUGAACCCUCUGAGUUUGUAAAGGUCAUGGAACCACUGUUCCGACAGCUGGCCAAGUGUGUGUCCAGCCCACACUUUCAGGUGGCAGAGCGUGCGCUGUACUACUGGAACAACGAGUACAUCAUGAGCCUCAUUAGCGACAAUGCCGCCAAGAUCCUGCCCAUCAUGUUCCCAGCACUGUACCGCAACUCUAAGACCCACUGGAACAAGACUAUCCAUGGUUUGAUAUACAACGCUCUGAAACUCUUCAUGGAGAUGAACCAGAAGCUCUUUGAUGACUGCACACAGCAGUUCAGAGCAGAGAAGAAUAAAGAAAAAGCAAAAUUAAAAGAGCGGGAAGAGGCAUGGCUCAAGAUUGAAAACCUAGCCAAAUCAAAUCCACAGUUCCUUAAGUACGUUGAUUCCUCUGGCCUCAGUAGUCCAGUAGAAAUGGAGACCGAUGGCCCUUUGAUAGAAGAUGUUCUGAUGUUAAAAAAGACUGUAGAGGAGGAAGCGACUCAGGUACACCUGCAGAGAGACCAGCGCAAGGAGAGGCCCCUAGUGCGGCGCAAGUCGGAGCUGCCUCAGGACAUCUACACCGUGAAAGCCUUGGAAUCUCAUCGCCGCGCCGAAGAUAUGCUGACCGCCCAUGACGGCCACUAGGCACCGUCCCCGUCCACCCUGUCACCGUGCCCCUGUGGAGUCCAAGUGAAAAUAAAGUGUUGGCACAGGAGCCAUGCAGCGUAGCCGCCACCGAGUCCCCACCUCUUCCUGUCCUUCUGGACCGCACCUCCCACAGCCUGCUCAUGAUGGGUUCUGCUUUCUCAGGUGUUCGCUUUUGUUUGCGUUUCUCUUCUAUUUUUAUACUUUGAGUUAGAUUUUUUUUUUUUUCUUUUUAUUCUUCUCCCACCCCCCCUU